ACACCCAGCAAACGACGUCGUUUCGUCGAUUUUGUCCCAUUUCGGGCUGUCGGCCAUGGCGGUUGUCUCCGCAGCGAGGAAAAUUCUCUCUUCUUCUUCGGCGCCGUUGAUUCGGAGAUCGGUGAUCGCCGGGGAACAUGGCGGUUUGGUUGCGUAUUCAACUUCUUCUCAGAAUUCUAAUAAGAAAUUGAAGGAAGAUCGUCUGGCCUCCGUUGUUGACGCCGUCAACGACCGUAAACUCCCGCCGGAGCUCCGUGGACAGCGUAACAACGUCAGAUCAGAAACCGACAUUAUAAACGUUGUUGAGCAGCGAGUAUGGCACGCAAUGGAAGAAGGCCAAUUCGAAAACUUGCCCGGGAAAGGGAAGCCAUUGGACCUCAACAGUAACCCUCAUGCCGACCCUGCGGAAGACACAUUGUAUCGAAUCCUCAACAAGAACGGGUGCGCGCCAGAGUGGGUCGAACUCAACAAAGAGAUACGGAACAACAUUUCUACGUGGCGAUCAAACCUCACGAAAGCAUGGAUGGAUUGUAAAUCCAUGUGCGAGGAUGACCCCAAAUGGCUCAAGCUUUCGGACGCAUUAAAACUCCAACUCCGGGAUCUAAACAACAAGGUAUUCCGAUACAAUCUCAUCGUCCCCUCCGGCCGCCAAAUGUUCGGAUUCAAGUGGGAGAAGGAGAUUGAUCGGCUCAAAGCUCAACUUCAGAAGGAAACAUAAACAAGAGGUUCUUUUUCUUGUCAUUCUUUUCUAUAUAUUAGAUAGAACACAAAUUUAUAAAUUAGUUCGUCGGUUCGGUUUGAUUCGAUUCGACCCUAUAGUAAAUGGGCGUCAAUUAGGAUAUUCGGGCCCAUAAAAGAGAUUGGCUUGUGCCAAAUUAUUUAGCCCCAAUAACAUUGGAAUUUGGUAUAAUUGGCAAAAGCUUUUUUGUAGUUUUUAUUUAAAUAUUGGAAGGUAAGGUAACCAAACUACUCCCCUUUUGGCAUUGCUUUUGUUUCCGUUCAUCACGGAAAGACUUAUCCCUUAUUGUGAAGAAGUACCCACGCAAAAGGCAUCUUUGCCCUCAAUUUCUUGCCUCAUUAAUACAUCCGCCUUCACAUGUAACAAGGGUUGUGUCCGAGUUGGCGCAAGACUCUACUUGUGAAUUCAAAAUGCCCUUAUGUUU